AUGGGCGCCACUUUCUAUCCCGGAAAUGAUGAUUACAUGAUGCCCGAACUCAAUAUCGUGUCUCCAGCCCCUCAGAGAGUAAUGCCCGAAGUUCCUGGACACAUAACAGACAGUUUGAAGCAUCUUGAAAUCGACGGCAGCAACAUGAUGAAUCAACGAAACCAAGGAAACUAUCCUCAGGGAAACUAUGUCGAUCCAUACUCUACACCAUCGCAAGGUCGACCUUUAAGCGACGACCGAGGGGUUCGAUCUAGUUAUGCUUCGUCGUACCACUCAUCGAUAGGAGAUGAUUACCGGUUUUCGGGAAUAGAGGAUCCAGUAUUCUCUCCGUUUCCAAGGCUCAUCAAUCCUGGCCCAAACAUCCCCCCGACAGAUGAAGAGAAGGAAGCGCAGAUUGAGGGGGCUCGUUUGGAGGUGCUCUCAUCGAACGACCCUGAGAUGCAGUUGAUAUGGGCCCAGGACGCGUUAAGCUAUGUCGAAGUUUCGGUAGCAUACCACAACCGAAUCUAUGAAGGCACAGAAAGACCAAUGACUCCUGCGCUUGAGCAUCAAAUCAAAACAGAUGCUAUUAGUGUUGUAAGCUUUUUAGCUGACCAACACCAUCCAAGGGCAGAGUUUAUGAGGGGAAACUGGUUGGAGUUCGGAAAAUUUGGAUUCAGGAUAGAUAAAAAGGAGGCUUUCAGGUGUUAUGCCCGGGCAGCUGAAAAAGACUUUGCUCGCGCUGAGUAUAGGAUGGGGAUGCAAUUUGAGAAUUCUAAUGAGCCUAUGAAAGCGAUUAAGCAUUACAAUCAGGGAGCGAAUUUGGGUGACUCGGCAUCCAAUUACAGACUCGGAAUGAUGACAUUGCUGGGGCAACAUGGCCAAAAGCAAGACUAUGCAAGGGGUGUUACUCUCAUUAGGCAAGCAGCUAACACUGCCGACGAAAACGCACCCCAAGGGGCAUAUGUUUAUGGCAUGUUGUUAGCCCGAGAGCUCCCCGGUAUAGAGAUUCCGGAUCUUUUCUUGCCUCUUGAUAUUAGACAGGCAAGAGAGAUGAUCGAGAAAGCAGCUUUUCUCGGGUUUGCUCGUGCUCAACUUAAGAUGGGAACAGCGUAUGAGUUGUGUCAAUUAGGAUGUGAUUUCAACCCAGCGCUAUCGCUCCAUUACAAUGCCCUCGCUGCAAGGCAAGGAGAGCCGGAAGCGGAUAUGGCUAUUAGUAAAUGGUUUCUAUGUGGUCAUGAAGGUGUAUUUGAUAAAAACGAAGAAUUGGCCUUCAAAUACGCCCAACGGGCAGCAGCCGCAGGACUCGGAACCGCCGAAUUUGCAAUUGGAUACUUUUACGAAAUUGGGAUGUAUGUCCAAGUCGACUAUAAAGAAGCUCAACGGUGGUAUGCGAAGGCUGCGGCACAUGGUAAUAAGGAUGCCAGUGGCCGAAUUGACGGUAUAUCACGCUCAAAAACACUAUCCCGAAAGGAUCACGAGGCUGUUGCUAUUUCAAAAAUUAAAGCACGACACGGCUCCCAAAGACACCGCAAUAAUCCGCUUACGGAGAGGCAGCAAUCUGCUGUAGCCCCAAUUAUGAGUCCGUUAGAAGAGGCCGUAGAUAUGCCCGAUCCCACAAUUCCUGGAGUCAUGGGUGGAGGACCUCCUCCUGGAAUGAUCCCCCCAGCAGGUACAUAUCCCGCCGGCCCACCUCGCCCGUUCACUGCCAUGAGCGACAGCAGCCCUAGCCGAAGACCAUCUGGUGCCGGUGGACAGCCAUACGGCCCUCCGCCGCAACAACAAGGAUACCCACCACAUUCACCAGAAGCUGGCUAUCCUGGAGGAUUUAACGGCGAAACAGUUCCCCGCAUUCAUACCCCAAAACCGCCGGGACUCCCGUCAGGCCCUGCUCCCGUUAACAUUGGGUUCGAGGCACCCGAGAGGCCAAAACCAUCAAAGACCGCUCCUCCUAGUGGACCAAUAGCACCUCCUCCUUCUAAUAAUGCGAAUCCUGGUCGACCGGGAACAUCUCAAGGUCCAGCCCCGCCAAGGCAGCAGCAGCAGCAGCAGCAGCAGCAACAGCCCAUGGCGCCUCAACAUGGAGGUGGGCAGGCUGGCCAUGAACUUUUUGAUGGGCCGCCAACCCCUACAAACAAAACUCAGAGACCAACCACAGCCGAGUCGGCACCAAAACCAGUUUCGGCACCACUACCUAAACCCCCAGGCAAGGGGCCUAAGACUUUUGAAGAUAUGGGUGUCCCUCAGGCCCCCAAACAAGAUGGAGAUUGCAUUAUCAUGUGA